AAAGUUUUUGAGACAACCAAAAAGAAAAGUUGACAAAGUUAUAAGAGACGAGUAGAAUUAGAGUGUGACACAAAGAAUAUUAAGCGAAAUAAUGUAGUCCUAUAUAUAUUUAGGCAAUCAGGCUUACCUGCUGCUAGAACCAAAUUCCAUUCAUCUAUCAAUCUCAUUGUUAUUCUAUAGCCUUUGAAUCAGCUAAAGCAGAAGAUGAGUUCCUGGGAUUUGUGGGUAGAGGAAGCUCUUUCCAGACUCCAUUCUCUCAAACUCCUCCGAGCUAUUAGGCCCAUCCUUCCCUUAAACACCACCCAACCCGGCGUGCAAGCAAGCGGCCGCCGCCACUCUUUUCCCGGCAAUGACCAGCUCCAAGUGUUCAACGAUUUGCGCCUGUGGGACAGGGCCUCAGUUGAAGUCUUCAUUGCCGAAGCUACUUUCCAAAAAUGGAUGCAAGAUGCACCCAGUUCUGGAGACGACCAGCUGCCUGGCGAUGAAAAUGUUUGGGCGGGUGACGACGAUGGGGCUUCUGGUGAAAAAUACAGGAAGUUACUUUUAUUCUCUGGAAGUAAUUACUUGGGAUUGAGUUCUCACCCAAGUAUCGUCAAAGCAGUAACACAGGUGAA